AUGUUGGCCGGUAGCUGGACAACGCUCGUCGCCUCUGUAGCACUGCUUCCAAGCUUAUCAGCCGCUUUUCCGAGCUCGCACGAGCUUGAGCUCGAAUCUUGGAGCCUCUUCUCUCGCGACUACAUUCAACCCGACGUCGACAGCUCGAAAGCCUAUCCUUUCUCGCCCAGCCUGAAGCCAGACGCCUCGCGAUGGCCCAAGGGACUACACUUUGCUGUCGACUACUACCCUGCACAAUGGCCUGACUUGCUCUGGGCUGACGAUGCAGCUAGGAUGGCCAAUGCCACACUCUCGUAUGCGCGCAUCAGCGAGUUUGACUGGGCUAUCCUUGAGCCUACCGAUGGCAACUACGAUUGGUCGCUACUGGAUCGAUCGAUUCAAGUGUUGCACCAGCAAGGUGUCAAGGUGAUUCUAGGCACGCCAACCGCGACACCGCCUGUGUGGGCAGUGAAAAACUACGAUAUUCUCGGCGCCGAUGCUCAAGGUCGACAGAGGAGGUUUGGCUCGCGCAGGCACUAUUCCUUCUCUUCGACCGAUUACCGGAUGCUCUCGAAGCGCUUUGUCGCAGCGAUGGCCAAGCGGUACGGUAGUCACGAGGCGGUAGUUGGCUGGCAGAUCGAUAACGAGCUCGGCUGUCACGGUACCGUCCGCACUUACGACAACAACGCUCGCAAGCGCUGGCAGCAAUGGCUGAGCAACAAGUACAACAACAACAUCACCCUGUACAACAUGAUGCAAGGUCGCGUCUUCUGGUCCUCCACCUAUCAGUCUUUCGAUCAGAUCGAGCUUCCCAUGCUCGAAGUGACCGAGAGUAGUCCUGCUGGCCGCCUCGACUUCUACCACUUCUCAUCUGAUAUGGCUAUCGAGUAUGCCAAGGAGCAGGUGGACAUGAUCCGCAAGUACUCGGACAAGGCAAUCACCACCAACUUUAUGGGUGCAUUCCUCGACUUUGACCACUUCAAACUGGCUCGCGAGACAGGAAUUGAUCUAGUUACAUGGGAUUCGUACCCGUUGGGCAACACGGAGCAGUUCUCAUGGAUCUCGGACGCCGACAAGAUCAAGUACGGCAGAACAGGGACACCUGACUUCCAAGCUUUUCAUCACGACCUAUAUCGUGGCGUAGCUGGAGCUGCGUACAACAAGACGGCGGGUCCGUUCGGAAUCAUGGAACAGCAACCAGGACCAGUCAACUGGGCCGGAUACAAUCCGUCUCCGAAGCUCGGAAUGGUACGGCUUUGGCAGCACGAGACUUUUGCUCACGGAGGAAGCAUGUCCAACAUUUUCCGAUGGCGUCAGGUUCCGUUUGCUCAAGAGCAGAUGCACGCUGCCAUGCUUCGACGCGACAAUGUUGCUGACCAUGCCUACGUCGAGCAGCAACAAGUGGUUCACGACGAUUUGCCCAAGAUGUCGAGGCUGUUUGUGUCGCAAAAGGGCAAGCGUAAUGUAGCCGACAACGCGCCAGUUCAGACCAAGACCGAGGGACAGGCCCAAGUGGCUCUCGUGUUCGAUUACGCUGCACAAUGGCUGAUGGAGGCCGAACCGCAAUCGGGCACGUGGAACGUCGAUAUAGAAGGCUUUCAAGACGCGUCUAUGCAGUACUUUCCUCUCGUGAUGAGCUGGUACACUGCGCUGCGUAGGCUGGGCCUCAACAUUGACGUUGUCGGCACCACCACGCCUCUUGACGGCUACAAGAUGGUGGUUGUGCCCAGCAUGCCCAUCAUCGGCAAUGAGUUCGUACAAACUUGGACCGGCUACAAGGGUCUGUCGGUGUUUGGACCUCGUUCCGCUAGCAAGGUGGCUGCACUGUCGAUCCCCGACGGCCUGCCACCGAGCAGUGGCGCUGUGCGCGAUGUGCUGCCUAUGAAAGUGGUUCGCGUCGAAACGAUCAAGGAGGGCUUCGGAGAUAUGAUCUCGUACAAUGGAAACCAGUACAACGUCUCUGGCUGGGUCGAAUGGAUCGAGUGCGACCGAGAUGGCAAGAAUGCGUCGGUGCAAAUCGAGCAAUCUGCCACCUACUAUGGCUAUCGCGACGGCUCUCCCGCCACGUGCGCCAACAAGCACGGCGACAAGGAAACUCACUACGUUUCUGCCUAUACACCGGUCGAUUUCCUGGUAUCGUACCUCGGCGAUUUGGCAGCCAAGGCCAACGUGCAAACUGUCCUUGGCGAAUCACCCCAGGCCAACAAAACCGAUCUCGGGCACGAUCUGCGCUUCAGAAGAAACGCCAAUGCGCUAUGGGCCUUCAACUACGGUCCACACAAAAUCAAACUUCCGCCACUCACUCAGGAAGCAAACGUGUUGGUCGGCACAAAAGAUGGUUACAUUGGCCCUACCAGCCUUACUGUCUGGAGUCUCGAGUAA